GCCAGUAUCGUGACAGGGGCCGUGCCGUGGGGUGGUGUAACUCAUGGGCUGCGCAAUCUUGUGAUAUCGGAAAGAAGUAGUUGUUAAAAGAUCUGCGGGGCUCCAAAGGGCCGUCCACCAUGGCGGACGUGGACCCGGAGACCCUGCUGGAGUGGCUCAGCAUGGGCCAGGGUGAGGAGCGUGACCUGCAGCUGAUUGCACUGGAGCAGCUCUGCAUGCUGCUGCUCAUGUCCGACAAUGUGGACCGCUGCUUCGAAAGGUGGCGGACGGGGCGCUGCGCUGUUUCGCCUCGCUGGCCGACCGGUACACGCGGCGCGGCAUCGACCCGGCGCCGCUGGCCCAGCACGGACUGGUGGACGAGCUGCUGGCCCGGCUGCGCGCCGUCGGCCAGCCGGGCGCCGGACCGCCGGCCGCUGCAGCUGCCACCGGCACGCCGUCGGUAACGCCCGAGAGCAAGUCGUCGCAGUCGCUGUCGACCGUCAUCAGCCUGCUGUCGACACUGUGUCGUGGCUCUCCGGGCAUCACGCACGACCUGCUGCGCUCCAGUCUGCCCGAGGCCAUCCAGAGCGCACUCAGGGGCGACGAAAGAUGCGUGCUGGACACGAUGCGUCUGGUGGACCUGCUGCUGAUCCUGCUGUUCGAGGGGCGGUACGCGCUGCCGCGGACGGGCGUUAGUCCGGCCAGCCGUCUGCCUGGUCUGCGGCGCAUGGACUCGGCCGGCGAGCGCUCGCACCGCCAGCUCAUCGACUGCAUCCGCAGCAAGGACACAGACGCACUCAUCGAGAGCAUCGAGAGCGGCGGUGUCGAGGUCAACUUCAUGGACGACGUCGGCCAGACGCUGCUCAACUGGGCGUCGGCGUUCGGCACCCAGGAGAUGGUCGAGUACCUGUGCGAGAAGGGCGCCGACGUCAACAGAGGCCAGCGCUCGUCGUCGCUGCACUACGCCGCCUGCUUCGGCCGGCCGGCCAUCGCCAAAGUGCUGCUCCGCUGCGGCGCCAACCCCGACUUGCGCGACGAAGACAGCAAGACGCCGCUGGACAAGGCGCGCGAGCGCAACGACGAGGGUCAUCGCGAGGUGGCCGCUAUCCUGCAGUCGCCCGGCGAGUGGAUGCUGCCGGCCGACAAGGAGCGACGUCCUGCCGGUGUCGGCGGCAGCGGCAGCGGUGCCGAGCCGGUGCCGGCGGGGCCCGGCCCGGCCGGCGAGGCGGCGCGCUGCGAGGAGCCGCGCGGUGACCCUGCAAUGGCGCCGCUCUAUCUUCGUCUGCUGCUGCCCAUGUUCUGCCGCACCUUCCGGGACACCAUGGUCACCAGCGUCAGGAAGUCGUCACUGAACCUGCUGCGCAAGAUGCUGUAUUUCAUAUCGCCUAGUCUGCUAAUGGAGACGUGCCAGGGCGACCUGGCCGGCAAUAUUGUUGAAGUACUCGAUGUCGUGUUAGACGCGGAGGACGACGAGGAAGGCCACGCGGUGGCGCUCCAAAUCACCGAAGACGUGCUACGCAAGGGCGCUGACACCUUCCUCGAGCACUUCGCCCGGCUGGGCCUGUUCACGAAAGUGGGCCAGAUGGCGGGCGCGCAGGAGGAGGGCGAGCCGCGCCCGGCCAGCCCGCAGUCGCUCGGAGCGUGCGCCGACAGACUGCCGGAGGAGUCCUGUGACCAGCCGCAGCCGGAGCAGGACGCGCGCGAAAUACUGCCCGGCAAGGCGUACCAGUGGCGCGACUGGUGCAUCUGCCGUGGCCGCGACUGCCUCUACAUCUGGUCAGACGCCGCCGCCCUGGAGCUCAGCAACGGCAGCAACGGCUGGUUCAGGUUCAUCCUGGACGGCAAGCUGGCCACGAUGUACAGCUCUGGCAGCCCGGAGGGCGGCUCGGACAGCUCGGAGAACCGCGGCGAGUUCCUGGAGAAGCUGCAGCGGGCGCGCGCCUCGGUGCGGCCCCAGUCGGCGUCGCAGCCGGUACUCAGCCAGCCGUCGGCCGCGCGGCUCGUGGUCGGCAACUGGUCUCUCAGCUGCCGGCGCGACGGCGAGCUGGCGAUCAACAACAACGACGGACAGCAGCAAACGACCACGCUGCGAGAGGACCUGCCCGGCUUCCUGUUCAAGUCGAACCGCGGCACCAAGCACACCUUCACGGCCGAGACGUCGCUCGGGCCCGAGCUGUCGGCCGGCUGGGCCGGCAAAAAGGGCAAGCGCUUCCGCUCCAAGGUCGAGGCCGUCAAACAGAAGGUGCGCUCCCAGGCGCGCGAGAUCUACGAGAAGUACUUCAAGAUUGCGCAGUCCCAGCCUCGCGGCGUGGUCGCCAAGCUGGGCACGAUCGUGGCGCAGAUCGAGCGCGCCUGCCACAAACAGCUGGCGGCUGUUGACCGCACCGACGAGUGGCGUCCGAUCCUGCGCGCCGCGCUCGGCGACCUGAUCACGCUGCUGUCGGACGAGCGGGCCGUCUCGGCGUACGAGCUGCACUCGUCAGGCCUGCUGCAGGCGCUGCUGCGGCUGCUCAGCUCGCCCGACCGCACCAGCCGGCGCGCCAACCGGCUGCUCAAGCAACGACAGCGACUCUUCAAGCAGUGCUUCCAGGAGGCGGCUGGGGCGUCGCAGGAGCACCCGGGCGUGUCGCUGGUGCGCAAGCUGGUCUCCGUGCUCGAGUCGAUCGAGAAGCUGCAGGUUUACAACUACGACUCGACGGGCACCGUCAGCGGACUCCAGGUGUUGCAGCUGCGGAUGCGGUUCCGCUUGGAGCGGGCAGCCAGCGACUCCGGCCUGAUCGACUGCACCGGCCGCACCCUCAAGAUGGAGCCGCUGGUCACCGUCCGCCAGCUCGAGCGUUACCUCCUCAAACAGGUGGCCAAGCAGUGGUACGACCACGACCGGUCCACCUUCACCUUCGUCAAGCGCAUUCGCGAGAGCCCGAGCAUCGUGUUCACGCACCAGUCUGACUUCGAUGAGAACGGCAUCAUCUACUGGGUGGGCACCAACGCCAAGACGGCCUACGAGUGGGUAAACCCGUGCCAGUACGGCCUGGUGGUGGUGACGUCGUCGGAGGGCCGUAACCUGCCGUACGGCCGGCUGGAGGACGUGCUGUCACGCGACCCGACGCCACUCAACUGCCACACCAACGACGACAAGCGCGCCUGGCUGGCCGUCGACCUCGGCCUCUGGGUCAUCCCCACCUGCUACACGCUGCGGCACGCGCGCGGCUACGGCCGCAGCGCGCUCCGCAACUGGGUCUUCCAGGUGUCCAAGGACGGACUGUCGUGGACCACGCUGUACAUGCACAUCGAGGACACGUCGCUGAACGAGCCGGGCAGCACGGCCUCGUGGCCGCUGCUGGCGCCCACCGACGAGACUCAGGGCUGGCGUCACGUGCGCAUCCAGCAGACGGGCCGCAACGCGUCCGGACAGACUCACUACCUCAGCCUCUCCGGGCUGGAAGUGUACGGCACGGUGACGGGCGUCUGCAGCGACCUGGGCAAGGCGGCGCGCGAGGCGGAAGCGUCGCUGCGCCGACAAAGGCGCCAGAUCAAGAACCAGCUCAAGUACAUGGUGCCGGGCGCGCGCGUGGUGCGUGGCGUCGACUGGAAGUGGCGGGACCAGGACGGUAUCCCGCCGGGCGUCGGCACCAGCAUGUCUGAGCUGCACAACGGCUGGAUCGACGUGACCUGGGACAACGGCGGCAGCAACUCGUACCGCAUGGGCGCUGAGGGCAAGUUCGACCUAUGCCUGGCGCCCGGCUACGACCCGGAGUCGAACACGGGCGUACGGGCGGCCGCCAAGUCCGGCAGCGCCACGGCCACCUCUGCCGCCGUCGUCAAGGUGACCUCUCCGUCAGCCGGGUCGGCGCCGCCGUCGUCGGGCGCGCCGCCGUCGACGUCGACCGCCAAGCCGCGCCAGUCGGUGCUCACCAGCCGCAAGUCGUCCUCGACGCCGUCACUGCCCGAGGCCACCGACGACCGGCACUCGGUGGCCUCCACCGAGCAGGCCGCCUCGGCCGACAACCUGGCCGCCAAGCAGGCGGCCGAGGCGGUGGCGGAGAACGUGCUGACGCUGGCCAACGCCGAGGCCAUGUCGUCGCUGGACCAGACGACGGACUCCGUCCUCUCUCGGGUGGUGUUCGGAAACAAGAUGGACGCCAUCCUGGAGAGCUCCGACUGGCUGUCGGGCGGCGAGGACAGCGCGUCCGACACACCGCCGGCCACCUCGGCGGCGCCGUUCUUCCCGUGCCAAGCGGCACUGGCCACCCAGCCGCCGCCGCCACCGCCACCGCCGCCGCCACCGCCACCGCCGCCACCCGCCGCUGCCGCCACCACCAUCACCACCACCACCACCGCUGCCGCUGCCGCUGUCGCCGCUGCCGCCGUCACGGCCUCCGAGCCCAACAACCAGCGCUCGUCGAUGUCUGUUAGCACGCCGAACCUGAACGACGAGUCUGCCGGCCUGCUGGAGAUGUUCUCGGCGAUGGUGCGGCGGCGCGCCUCGGGCACGAGCGGCGCCGGCUCGUCGCGCGCCACCGCCGGCGCGUACCCGGCGCCGACGGCCGUCACCACGCCCGCCGGCGCCGGCUGCGGCCCGUUCUUGCGGGCGCCAAACACCACCAGCAUGAGCAGCCUGGCUCGCCUGGCGCUCAAUGCCCCGCUGCCAGGGAGUUUCAUGUCGACAGCACAGUCCUUCCCCAGCCUGUCGUCGGGCAACACGCUGGUGACCAACACGGCCACCAGCGCGCUCACGCAGGGCCUCACCAUGUCGCUCACGUCCAACUCGUCCGACAGCGAGCAGGUAUCGCUGGAGGACUUCCUCGAGUCGUGCCGACACACCACGCUGCUGGCGGAGCUCACCGACGACGACGAGCUGGCCGACGAGAACGACGACGAUGACGAGUACGAGGGUGGCGGCGGGCCGGCCGGUGGUGGCGGCGGCGGCGAGGAGGAGCCGUUCGACCCGCGGCCUGGCCGCCGCCACGCCUGGGACGACGACACCGUGCUGAAGCGCCAGUGUCCGGCGCUCAUUCCCGCCUUCGACCCGCGGCCGGGCCGCACCAACGUGGCCCAGACGCAGGACAUUCAGGUGCCGCCGCCAGGCAGCCAGACGCGGCGGCUGGGCGAGCCGGGCGACGAGCCGUCGUCGGAGCCGCGGCUGCGGCUGAUGCUGCGCGGCCCCGGCGUGCCGGGCGUGCCGGACGUCGAGGUUCCGCUUGACUCGCCCGACGCCACGCUGUUCAGCGCCGUCCAGCGGCUGGUGCAGCGCUCCCAGCUGGGCAGCAAGCAGGAGAAGCUGCGCCGGCUCUGGGAGCUCGUCUACACGAUCGUGUACCGCGAGCGGCGCGACGACGAGCGGCGCGCCGACCCGGCCGCCGAGCGCAAGAGCUCGCUGCAGCAGCGGCUGAGCGAGGGCUCGCCGUGCACCGUGGACGAUGUGGUGCACCUGCUGCGGCGGCUGUACCACCUGGUGGGCGAGAGCCGGCCGCGCCAGCAGGACACCGACGACGAGCCGCCGCUCGACAUCCCCUGGGAGACGUUCGUCAGCCGCAAGCUGACGAACAAGCUCUGCCAGCAGAUCCAGGACCCGCUGGUGCUCGCCUGCCAGGCGCUGCCGGACUGGUCGCACAGCCUGCAGGGACAAUGUCCCAUGCUGUUUCCGUUCGAGACGCGCCAGAUGUUCUUCAACUGCACUGCCUUCGGCACGUCCAGGUCGAUCGUGUGGCUGCAGACGCAGCGCGAGCUGGCCAUGGAGCGCACGCGCGGCCCGGCCGCUCUGCGCCGCGACGACGGUCACGAGUUCCGCGUGGGCCGGCUGCGCCAUGAGCGGGUGCGCGUCCCGCGCGGCCCCGACCUGCUCGACUGGGCCGUCCAGGUCAUGGACUUCCACGCCGAGCGAGAGGGCAUCCUGGAGAUGGAGUUCGAGGGCGAGGAGGGCACCGGCCUGGGGCCGACGCUGGAGUUUUACGCGCUGGUGGCUGCCGAGCUGCAGCGGCGCGACCUGUGCAUGUGGCUGUGCGACGACCAGCCGCUGCUCUCGGCCGAGGUCGAGGCGGCGGCGCCAGGCGACCGGCCGGCCGACUACUACGUGCUGCGGCCCGGGGGUCUGUUCCCAGCGCCGUUGCCGCAGGACUCUGAACAGUGUGACCGCGCCGUCACCAUGUUCCACUUCCUGGGCAUCCUGCUGGCCAAGGUGCUGCAGGACGCGCGGCUGGUGGACCUGCCACUUUCCCGGCCCUUCCUCAAGCUCAUCUCGUCGGCCAACGUAGCCGAGGAGCACAGCAGGAUGGACGGCGUCGGCCGCUCCAGCUCGCCGGCCAGCGAGGACGACCUGAUGACCUCGUCGUUCGUCUCGAUGGAGAGCGAGAAGGAGCUGGAGCUGGACCCGCCCAAGAUGGCGGCGGCGACGGCGCCCGCCUGGUACCAGGACGUGCUCACGCUCGACGACCUGGCCGUCAUCGACCCGGCGCGGGCGCGCGUGCUGCAGCAGCUGCGCCAGCUGGCCUCGCGGCGGCAGCACAUCCUGCAGGAUCCGCAGCUGUCGGAGGAGGCGCGCCGCCGACAGCUGGCCAACCUGACGGUGGACGGCUCCUCUCGGCUGGAGGACCUGGCGCUCACCAUGACGUUCCCGUCGCCGUCGCGCUCGCUGGGCUACGUCAGCUGCGAGCUGCGGCCCGGCGGCGAGCACCAGGACGUCACCGAGCAGACGGUCGACGAGUACGUCGAGCUGAUGGCCGACUUCUACCUGCGCCGCGGCCUGGCGCGCCAGCUGGACGCCUUCAAGGCCGGCUUCGACCGCGUGUUCGCCAUGGCCAGACUGCGGCCGUUCAGCCCGGACGAGACCAAGCUGAUGCUGUGUGGCGACCAGGCACCGGCGUGGACCCGCGACGACCUUCUCAGCUACACAGAGCCCAAGCUCGGCUACUCUCGGGACAGUCCGGGCUUUUUGCGGUUCGUCAGCAUCCUAGAGAAGAUGUCUGGCCCGGAGCGGAAGCGGUUCCUGCAGUUCGCCACGGGCUGCUCGUCGCUGCCGCCUGGCGGCCUGGCCAACCUCUACCCCCGACUGACGGUCGUCAAGAAGGUGGACGCCGGCGACGGCAGCUUCCCCAGCGUCAACACGUGCGUGCACUACCUGAAGCUGCCCGACUACAGCAGCGAGCAGAUCAUGCGCGACCGCCUACUGGCCGCUACCCAGGAGAAGGGGUUCCACCUCAACUAGUCGGCCGCGGCGUGGUCGGGACGCGCCGGCGCUGGCCCCGGCGCGUGCGCGCGCCGCGCCGGCCUCGCAGAGACGCACCGGCGCCGCCAGUGCGCAGUUAUCGAUAUGUCAAGUACUGUGAUGCUUAGUGUCUGCUGUUAAUCGUUUAUUGGCAAUAUGGGACGUGUGUGGCGCCGGUUCAGCCUGACGGGGCUUCAUGUGAUGUGGGCGGCAGCCUGCCGCAGUGUGCGUAGUCGUCCGCUCGCCGCCGCCGCCGCCGCAGCCGCCGCGAUAGAGUGCGACCGACGGUAUCUGGGUAGCGACGUAAGUCUCCACCGCUGCUCUCCCUCUCUUCAGAGUACAAUGGCGUUCUCUGCACGCCGUCCGCCACGGGGCGGUACUCGGGCAGCCAGCGCUGGCCCAGGGUCAUUUUAGACGUUUAUUGGCGGGCGCCAGUCGCUUUACGCGUUUCCUUUCCCUCGUUUGCGGUCCGUUCUCUCGUUUUGUGCUUCGUCACGACGCUGGCGGCCAUGUUUAACGCAACAUUUCUUGUCAUACGUUAUAGAUGAGUUUACACAAAAUACACGGAACACGCCGAAGUGAGA